GCUUGAAGGACUGUUCAGGAACCAGAGGAAGAGUCCUUCGUCAGCGCCUUGUCACACAAGGACAGCUGCUAGGAUUUUACCUGGACGGCAUCCUUGUCGCGAGAGAUGGAGCAGGUGUUUUUCCGGUUACACGUCCGGUUUGUCACGACCGUCACAAGACUGCUCUCGCCGAAGACUCGACGCCUGCUAGAGUACGUCACUCUCGCGAACGCUUUCUUGCUAGUGACGUCGCUGGCUUGGCUUCACACGCGAUUCGUUAACCCGAAAGGAAGCCAAGGGUCGGCCGUUUCGUGCCUUCCCGCCGCCUUGGAGAAGGCCGGAGUCGACCCUGCGCAGCUCCAUGUUUUACAGAUACAUAUACGACAACCACCCGAUGAUUGGGGUGGCGGUGGCGGCGGCGGGCGGCGGAAGAACUUGAUGUCCUUCCCGGACGGCAGCAGUCGAAUUGACGACAGCAGCAGGAGUGGCACUAACGCCGAACAGCAGGUGUCUGACUCGCGUAGACAUAGCGGUGGCGCGGCCGGGGAUGCUGGUCUGGGAAUCUCAGGCUUGGGCGGCGGCGAAAGUGGUUACGCUAGCGCUACUGGCACCGCCGCUAGCGCUUGCACCGGCAGUGGCGAAGAAGAGGGUGCCGCCGGCACCAUGGGGAGCGAAAGCAGCAGCAGCAGCAGCAGCAGCGGUGGUGGUGGUUGGCUGCUGCCCCCGAGGUUGGACUCGCCGCCCUUGUCUCCGGAGAUCUUCUACAGCAUGAAGCUCGUCACGGGCAAGGACGCCGUGGGCACACUGUCGGGACCGGGUACCUUGGGCAUCGAGAGGUGCGUCGUGAAGGGAGGGGAUGGCGUGGACGGGAACAACCCUGCCGGCGGUGGCGGCGGCGGCGGCGGGAUUUGCGGCGCGGUGGUGGAAGAGAAGCGCCCGGCGCUGGUGCAGACGCUGAUGGACGCGUUCUCCUGGGGGGGGAAAGGAGAGACGGGCAUCAUCGAGCGAGGGCGGGGGGGAGGGGCGGUACAGGUGCCUGCCCACAGCCAGAAGAAGUCGCUAGAGGGAAUGCAUCGGAACCUUGCGCUCUCCCCACCUGAGGGCGGCAUCUGCACAAUACCGGGGGGGAGCGGUGAGGAACACGUUACUCCAAGGGGCGCCGUGGCGCAAUCAGAGGGGGGAGGGGGGGCGCUGUCAGGCGGCGAGCGAGACGCUGCCGCGUGUGCGGCGGUUAGUGGCGACUGCCACGAGCAUCAGAACCGGGGGAGGGGUGACGGGGCAGAGGACGGCGGGGGGGGGUCGGCGAGUGGCCGGGAUCCCGACGAAGUCUACCUGUAUUCCUUGGAGAAGGGCUUCCUGAUGCUGAGGCCCGACCUGAGACGGAAGCACGGGAUCGUGACGGCCAACGUCACCGUCAACGCUCACGACCCCUGUCUAGGGAGUACGGUCGUCCAGGCCCUGGUGAAGGACUUUGUCGGCUACGACACGGUGGUGAUGAACUGGCUCAUCUCGCUCUACGGGGGGCGCGGCUUCCUGUACAGCGUGCACAACAACGAGCUCUUCAACCUCAACUACGCGGCCGAGUUCAUCGAAUCCACAGAGGACGUGGGUAAGUUUUUCGUGUUCAAGAUCGGGGUGCUGUUCACGACCCUCUUCCUGUUCUUCACGACGACUACCCUGGUCUCGUUCACUCUGAGAGAGACGCAGGAGCGCAUGCUGAAGUUCACGUUUCUUCUCCAGCAUCACGUGCGACACCGCCUCCCGUACGCCCCGCUCAUAUUCACCCACGUCGUCGAGUCGCUCGUCUUCGUUCCCAUCAUGGUGGGCAUCCUGUUCUUCCUGUUCGAGUUCUUCUCCGACCAGCUGCUGGCCUUCAUGGUCCUCUCGGUCGUGUGGCUGUGCGAGGUCUACUCCGUCGUCAGCGUGCGGACCGCGGUGUGCAUACGCUUUUUCCCCCAGGUGUUCUUCUUGUACUUCACCCUGUUCCACGUCUACUUCUUCUCCUUUCCCUUCGGCUUCAGCUACCUGGCCCUGGUGACCACAGUGCUCUUCCUGCAGCACUCCAUGCUCUUUUGCUGGAACAGAUACGAGGCGAGCGGUGGCACUGCAGUGGUACAACGGCAGCAAGCAGGAACGGUCCCGGAUCGGCAGCAGCAGUGGCGGCGAUAGCUGUCCAACGCUUCUUUUGUUUUUUUCUGCGAACUCUUGUUUUUGUUUUCUGUAAGAAGAAUAUAGUAACAUUGCUUGUUCAGUUUCUCUGCCAAGUGUUUUCCCAACCUUGUUGGUUGGCUUCCCCCAGGACGCGCUCUCUCUCUGUCUCUCAUCGCACGGUUCAGGCUGCACCUAACACGGCACGAACAGUCCCCUGAUGAUGUGUUUCCCCAUUUGAGGUUCUUGCUCGAAAGGCAUGGAUGGGCUCAUGGAUACCCCCCCCCCCC